AUGAAAGAAACCAUGCCGGUCCUCACAGCAGGAGCAGGGCUGCACGAAACUCUGGCCCUGCUGACCUCUCAGCUGCGGCCCGAUGCCAACCACAAAGAAGACAUGGUCUUCCUCAAGGAUGUCUUCAGCGAAAGGAGUCUGGGAUACCUCAUGAAGAUACACGAAAAGCUGAGACAGUACGAGCGUCAGAGCCCGACACCCGUCCUCCACAGUGCCUCUUCUCUGGCCGAAGAUCGAGCUGCGGCGUGCCCGGCGUGCACGCACGUGCACAGUGAGGGAAGAGACUGCACAGGCUUUUGUUUUGCACCUUUGCAGGUGGCAGAGGAGCUGCAGAGUGGGCCGAUGAGCAGCGAGGAGAAGGAGCUCCUGCACCUGCUGACAUCACCACACCUGAAGGCCGUCCUCUCGGUGCACGACACCGUGGCCCAGAAGAACUUCGACCCCGUGCUCCCGCCUCUGCCCGACGACUUCGAAGACGAGCUGGAGGAAGAGUCCGUGAAGAUCGUCCGGCUGGUGAAGAACAAGGAACCUCUGGGAGCAACCAUCAGGCGUGAUGAUGGCACCGGCGCGGUGAUUGUGGCUCGGAUUAUGAGAGGAGGCGCAGCUGAUCGCAGUGGUUUAGUGCAUGUAGGGGAUGAACUCAGGGAAGUCAACGGAGUCUCUGUCAUCCACAAGAGGCCCGAUGAGAUCAGUCAGAUGCUGUCCCAGUCCCAGGGCUCCAUCACUCUAAAGAUAAUCCCGGCAAUCAAAGAGGAGGACAAACUGAAAGAGAGCAAGGUGUACGUGAGAGCGUUAUUUGACUACAUCCCGCUGGAGGACAGGGCCACGCCGUGUCAGGAGGCGGGCCUCCCCUUCAAACGGGGGGACAUCCUGCAGGUGGUCACCCAGGAUGACCCCACCUGGUGGCAGGCCAAGCGCGUGGGGGACAGCAACCUGCGGGCCGGACUCAUCCCCUCCAAGCAGUUCCAGGAGAGGCGACUGGCCUACAGGAUGAAAAUGGGCACGCUCCCGAAUCCAAAAUCCCCCAAAAAACCUGUUUCUGAACAAGGAUGUGAGAAAGAGGACUGUGACUGUGAGGGCUAUUUCAAUGGACAGUACAUAGUUAUAGUCUCUCCUAAGUGUAAAGCAGUGGCGCCCUCCUGUGGCCAGGUGUUUUCCUGGGAAUUUUAUUCAGCUGGUUUACGGAGGAGCUUCCGCCUGAGUCGAAAAGACCGGCAGGAAUCAUUUGGGGAGGGUUCUGAUUCUGGAGACCCCGAGUUCCUGACCUAUGAGGAGGUGACCCGCUAUCAGCAGAGGUCCAAUGAGAGGCCACGCUUGGUGGUUCUGAUUGGUUCUCUGGGAGCACGAAUCAAUGAGCUGAAGCAGCGUGUGAUUGCUGAUAACCCACAUCGUUAUGCAGUGGCUGUUCCACAUACCACUCGGCCUAAGAAGCCUCAUGAGAAGGAUGGCGUGGAGUACCACUUUGUUACCAAACAGCAGUUUGAUGCUGAUGUUUUGAACAACAAGUUUAUAGAGCAUGGGGAGUACAAGGAGAACCAAUAUGGCACCAGUAUAGAAGCUAUUCGCUCUGUGCAGGCCAAGAAGAUGUGUAUAGUGGACGUGCAGCCUGAGGCCCUGAAGAGGCUGCGGACAGCAGAGUUCAAGCCGUACGUUAUUUUUGUGAAACCUCGUGUUCCUGAGAGCAGACGCCGGCGCAGUGCAGCCACCUCUCCAGGAGGGGCGGAGCACGGCCGCGUCACGGAUGAAGACCUGCAGGAAAUGCGUCAGUCAGCCAUUCAGAUCGAUCAGCAGUAUGGGCACCUGGUGGACCGAGUGCUGAUCAAGGAGGACUCGGCCAGUGCCUGCUCAGAACUACGAGGCAUUUUGGAAAGGUUGGAGCGAGAGUCCUUCUGGGUGCCUCUCAGCUGGAUGCGGACCUAA